CCGUCCAGCAGAAUCGUUCCCAUCCAGUGUCCAACCAAAACUCCGACUAUCAGCCCAACAGGAACUGACGUCUCCUCUGUGCAAUUGGUCGGAAAAUGCAGCUGCAGGAAAAAUGGCUCCAAAUACCGCACCGCUGAAAGGUGUUUGAAAAUUGACUCCUCAAAUUGUUGAGCUACACCCACUUGAAAGCUGUUGUACUUAUGGCUCACUCCACCUGACAGAAUGGCCCAGACACCAAGUGGGAAUGGGUUCAAGCUGGAUGUCCCGCAGCCAAAGGGGGUUGUGGGUAAAGAAGAAGCCCUCCGUAUGGAGGAGGAGGCUUUAGCUAAACUGCAAAGGGAGAAGAAAUACACUCCUUCAGUGUCAACAUCGUUGCCAGCAGCACCGUCGUCUUUCCUAAAAUCAAAACCUUCUAAAGCCUCCACUGCUGCUUCUGAACAUUCAUCCUCAACUAGUAAACCGGACAAGGACCUCAUUGUCUUCUCAGAGUCCAAGAAACAAGCGGAGCAGGAUAAGUUCAGGGAUAUCGAUGUGCACAAGUUAACCAACGAACAGCUUGAAGACAUUCUAAUUUAUGAAAACUUUGAUACUGACAGCAUAGUGUCCCGGCCGUCAUCGCUGCUGGGGUUCAACCUCAGUGCCUCCUACCCUGGAGGUAAUGCCUGUAGUUCUUCUCACUUUCAGAGUGGUCAGUGGAGAUCGGUUCUGUCCACCCCAUCGAGUUCCAAUGUGUCCACUCCAUCCCACCAGCCCACCCCAUUGUUCCCCUCCGCCCCGUUUCCCAAACAAGGCACAUUUCAAAACGGCUUCACUCCAGCCAUGACACCUUUCAUGGCUCCACCAGGACAGCAGGCAACUUUCAUACCCUUCACUCCCAUCCAACCUGCUGCCGCAAUGGUGUUUCCACAACCAACCGUAGACCCAGAGAUGGCCAAGUUGUUUCACAAAAUUGCCAGUACCUCAGAAUACUUGAAGAAUGGCAGAUCAACCAGCACCGGCUCGGAUUCUUCAAAAGCAGCUUCUCUGGCACCGAAUCUACCAACCCCACAGCCACCCGUGACGGAACCCUGCAACGCCAGCAACUUUGACUGGCUUGAUCUGGACCCUCUUACAAAACCCAAAGCAGAGGCUAAGGAGGCAUCUCUGGCAUCAGAAGGACCUAUGCAGACGGCAUCAGCAGUUACUGCAGGGGACCCGUGGGAUGCAGUCCUCGAGUCUGAAGGGAAUACCAGUAGAGGCAGCCCCCCUCCAGAGGCAAAAGUGUCACUCACAGUUCGCCCACAGCACAGGAGAGCAUCGACAGGAGCACCUGUCACCCGGAGUCACUCACUCAACAUCCCAGGGUCAUCUUCCCAGCACAAAACCAGCAACCAGGAUAAAGGAAAAGGAAAAGCAGUAAAGCUGAAUGGCGCCCUGGACGAGGAGGACGCACAAAACCUGGAGAUCGCUGCCUUUUGUAAAGAUGUAGCAACCUUGCGCUCCAACUUCCCUAAUGGUGAUGUUUCCACGAACCCGGGCUUCGUCCUGAGCCCGGUCAUCGCUCAGAGGGACGACGGCGGCGACAACACCAACUCUGUCAAAGUUUCCAUCGAAAUUUCUGGAUCUCGGGAGCCAGUAACCUUCACCUGUGAUGUGAGUUCUCCAGUGGAGCUGCUGAUCAGCCAGACUCUCUGCUGGGUUCACGAUGACCUGAACCAAGUGGACUUCUCCAGUUAUUUGCUCAAAGUCUGUGGUCGGGAGGAAGUGCUGCAGAACAAACACAGCCUCGGCAGCCACGAGUACGUCCAGAACUGCAGGAAGUGGGAGAACGAGAUCACAUUGCAGCUGCUGUCUCACUCCACCAUGAGGAGGGACCUGGCACGCAGCCCUGAAGAUGACGGCUCUCGAAUAGACUUAGAGAAACACCUGGGGCAGGUGGAGAGGCCUUUCAAGGAGAAUGUCACCAGACAGGGGCUCGCUGACUAUUUGGAAGGAUAUCACAAUCAAGUCAACAGCUGUUUGCAGAACGAGAAUACUCAGUACAAAACAGUGGACAGGGUGGUGCAGACGGUCAAGAAUCUCUGCUGUGCUUUAGACGAGGUGGAGACUCAAGCCAUCACUGAAGCAGUCAAAAGACUGCGUCAUUCUGCCAACUUAUCCCAGACGCGCUCACCAAAGUUGGGGGCCACAUCCUCGGGUCAGUCAUCCAACGGUGUCUCUAACCCCGUGGAGGAGAGCAUGGCCAUGCUGACCAAGGCCGUCUAUGACCUCGCCAAGCUGUACCUGCGCUCCUUUUGUCACCCGUCGGCGUCCUUCACCUCCCCUCCUUUGCCCCAGGUUGUAGAGGGGGGGGAGGCCACAGAGGGGAGGGGUGUCAAAGAAGCUUCUGGAACAACAGAUCACCUGCAGUUCACUCUGUUUGCCAUGCACGGCAUCCCGAGCACAUGGGUCAGCAGCUUUGAGAAAUACUUCCUGAUGUGUUCCCUUACCCACAAUGGAAAAAACCUGUUCAAGCCAGUCCAGUCCAAGAGAGUGGGCACUUACAAAAGCUUCUUCUACCACAUCAAAUGGGAUGAGUUGAUAAGUUUCCCCAUAGCAAUAGCUGUACUCCCGCUGGAAUCCAUACUGAGCCUGACUCUGUUUGGGGUGCUGAACCAGAAUGCCAGCGGCUCUCCAGACUCCAACAAACAGAGGAAAGCCCCCGAGCUUCUGGGAAAAGUUUCCAUGCCCUUGUUUGACUUCAGACGAGUACUUGCACGUGGCACCAAGCUGCUGGGUCUGUGGACCUGUGUGCAGGGAGCUGCUGCUGCCGGGCCUGCAGGAGGUCGCAAGAGAGUUCCGUCUGAAAGAAUAGUACUACAGGUGGAUUUCCCAAACUCAGCAGUGGACGUUUUAUACGUUGGACCCAAAGAGGUCCCCAGCCCUGAUGCUCAGGCACUGGAGGAGCUGGAUCCAGACCUCCGCCGCAAACUGGACAAAAUCUGCAGCCGAGCGUCUAACUUUGGACUGAAGCAGUCAGACCAUCAGCUCCUGUGGGACCACCGACUCCACUGCCGCAGGGACCAGCCCAGCAGCCUCCCCAAAGUGCUGGCCAGUGCACCCAGUUGGGACUGGGCCAGCAUGGCUCGCAUCCACUCGCUGCUGCACCACUGGCCCACCCUGCCCCCCGUCACUGCGCUGGAGCUGCUGGACUCAAAGUUUGCAGAUACUGAGGUGAGAAGUGUGGCUGUUAGUUGGAUUGAGAAGAGCUCUGAUGAUGAACUAGCUGACUACCUACCACAGCUAGUACAGGCACUAAAGUUUGAGUGUCACUUAAGUAAUGCCCUCAUCAAGUUCCUUCUAUCCAGAGCACAAGGAAACAUCAAUAUAGCACAUUAUCUUUACUGGCUGCUGAAGGACGCUGUGCAGGAUCCUGUGUGGGGACAGCGGUACGAGCGGGUGCUGGGGGCUCUGCUUUGUCUGUGUGGGAGCAGGCUGAGGGUGGAGCUGGAGAAACAGACUCACCUGGUCACCCUGCUGGGGGCUGUGGCAGAGCGGGUCAAACAGGCUGGAGGUUCUGCGCGACAGGUCGCACUGCAGGAAGGCCUUGAAAAUGUCCAGAACUUUUUCCAGAGGAACAGCUGCCGGCUGCCCCUCAGCCCCAGUCUGGUGGCGAAGGAGCUAAAUAUCAAGGCCUGCUCCUUUUUCAGCUCCAACGCAGUUCCCCUCAAGCUGGCCCUGGUCAACGCUGACCCGCUGGGAGAGGAGAUCAACGUCAUGUUUAAGGUGGGAGAAGACCUGCGACAGGACAUGCUGGCUCUUCAGAUGAUUCGCAUCAUGGACCGCAUGUGGCUGCAGGAAGGACUGGACCUCCGCAUCGUCAACUUCAAGUGCAUCUCCACCGGGAAAGACAAAGGGAUGGUGGAGCUGGUUCCGUCUUCAGACACUCUGAGGAAGAUUCAGGUGGAGUAUGGCGUCACUGGAUCCUUUAAGGACAAGCCUCUGGCUGAAUGGCUCCGUAAAUACAACCCUGCAGAGGACGAAUACGAGAAGGCAUCAGAGAACUUCAUCUACUCCUGUGCGGGCUGCUGUGUUGCUACAUAUGUGCUUGGCAUCUGCGAUCGUCAUAAUGACAACAUCAUGCUGCGCUCCACUGGUCACAUGUUCCACAUUGACUUUGGGAAGUUCCUGGGACACGCUCAGAUGUUUGGCAGCUUCAAAAGAGACCGGGCGCCGUUUGUUCUGACGUCUGACAUGGCGUACGUCAUCAACGGAGGCGAGCGCCCCACCAGCCGCUUCCAGCUGUUCGUGGACCUCUGCUGUCAGGCCUACAACCUCAUUCGCAAGCACUGCGGCCUUUUCCUCAACCUGCUGUCUCUGAUGAUGUCAUCGGGCCUCCCCGAGCUGACCGGCUCUGAAGACCUGAAGUACGUGUUUGACGCCCUGCAGCCUCACAGCAGCGACGCUGAGGCCACGAUCUUCUUCACAAGGCUCAUAGAGUCCAGUCUGGGAAGUGUGGCCACUAAGUUUAACUUCUUCAUCCACAAUCUUGCCCAGCUGCGAUUUUCUGGCCUUCCAGCCAAUGAUGAGCCGAUCCUGUCUUUCUCCCCAAAAACAUACACGAUGAAGCAGGAGGGCCGGAUCCUGCAUGCAUCCAUUUUCUCUUUCCAGAAGAGAUACAACCCUGACAAGUAUUAUACCUACGUGGUGAGGAUCCUCAGGGAAGGUCAGAACGAGCCUCAGUUUGUCUUCCGCACGUUUGACGAGUUUCAAGAGCUCCACAAUAAACUCACCAUCCUUUUUCCUCUGUGGAAGCUGCCCAGUUUCCCAAACAAAAUGGUGCUCGGUCGCACUCACAUCAAGGAGGUGGCAGCCAAGAGGAAGGUGGAGCUUAGCCACUACGUCCACAACCUGAUGAGGAGCUCCGCGGAGGUCGUCCAGUGUGACCUGAUCUACACCUUCUUUCAUCCUAUUGCACGAGAUGACCGGACAGAAGGCCUGGAUACCACACCCAAAGCACCUGAGCCUCCAAUGAGUCCUACUUCAGGGCGGGUGGAGGGAGAAGUGAAGCUCUCCAUCUCCUACAGGAACAGCACGCUCUUCAUCAUGGUCAUGCACAUUAGGGACCUGGUUUCUGAAGAUGGAACAGAUCCCAACCCGUACGUGAAAACCUACCUGCUUCCAGAUCCGCACAAGACCUCCAAACGGAAGACCAAGAUCUCCAGGAAAACUAGAAACCCCACCUUCAAUGAGAUGCUGGUGUACAGUGGCUACAGCAAGGAAACGCUCGGCCUGCGGGAGCUGCAACUGAGCGUGCUCAGUGCCGAGUCUCUGAGUGAAAACUACUUUCUGGGCAGCAUCACGCUCAGACUCAAAGACUUUGACCUCAGCAAAGAGACGGUCAAGUGGUACAAACUGACAGCCGUUCCCUACUUCUGACUCUGCAGAACGCCGAUGCAUUCAAAUCAAAUGGAAAAAUGCAGGAAAUGGGACCUCACUUGAAAGAAAGAUGAGCCUUUCAUUUUGUUUAAGUUUUGACUUAUCUGAAAUUUAGUUUUAUUUUGAAAUCUAGUUGACCAAACUGACACUAUAUUUCACAUGAGUAAUAGAUGGAAGUGCUGAGAUGUAGUUGUGGCUGAAAACAUGAACCAUAAAUGUACAUGUGUAAGUCAGAAGAGUUUUUCCUGUAAUGAUCAUUUUGCUCCACAGUUUGGUCUCAAAUUGAUCCUGUUUAGACUUACUAAAGAUGCACUCUGCUCCUUAACUUUGAUUUUUUUUUCACUUUUUUUGCAAAGUCAUUUAGUUUUUGUAAGUUUAACACAGAGCUGGUAUGUUUUGUAAAUUUUGAAUCUAGAGGACCAAAACAGUUUUUCAUAAACGUAGACUGACGUACAUUUUUGAGGAAUAGAAAGAAUGCUCUUUUCUACUUUCUGUCUUCGACUGAUGAACCACAUAAUGAUCACAUCAAAAUCUCCAGAUUAAACAGCAGUUGAACACCCCCAAGUGUGCCAAAACGGAUGAAAUUCAAACCACUCUCCCCCAAAGGGAGCUGAUCAGGGUGCCUUUGUAUGUUCUCACAGUAUAUUUUUAAAUGCAAAAUUUAGCCUUAAAACAGUAUGUAUAUUUUAUUAACAAUAUGCUAUGUUCUGAGAAGAUAAACCUCUAUAUUGUAUAAAGCUGUCUCAGUAGUUUUCCAAGAGCGGUCCUGACUGGAACCAUCACAACAGUGAGAUGUCACUUUUGUCUUUUUCUUGUGGAAUUACUUGACUUUCUACACAGCACACCUUCAUAAUAUCAUAAGCUUUGAAACAUACUUAAAGUUUCUUAUCUCCUGAAUGAAUCAUAGAGUAAACUAACAACCAACAUCUGAAAUAAACCAGUUAAAGUGGAAUCAGGAAGUCCCAGCAGAAAUCUAAGCUAUUUGGGGAUCUGGGACCAAAACAACCACAUUAUUUUGGUUAUGGUUUAUAAACUGUGUGUUUAAUGGAUGAAUAAAAAAGAUCAGCAAUAAAAAUCAGCAAUAACUGCCAGAAGCCGUGAUGUUUGAUCUCAUGUGGGGACUGCUUUAUCUGUCGGGGUCUUCAACUUUGUCUUCAAAAGAAGGGAACACGUUUCUGAACAUUUUGCUUUUCUGUAAACUACAUGUAAAGUUGUUGGUGUUUAAUAAAGAAACUAAGAUGAAUUUAUCCACACAGGCUUUUCAGAGAACUUCAAGACAAUAUCUCAUGUUUUAAUGUUUGAUGCCUAAUCUAACUCUACAAAGAAAGUGCAUUACCACGGCCAGUUAUUUAUUCUGAAUUGGUGACCUCUACCCCCAAUGGAUCCACAUGUACUGUAAUCCAUUUCUCUCCUAAAGCAAAUUAAAAGUCUUUGAAACAAGUA